GCAAGGCAGAAAGUGUACCUUUUGAUGAACAGCGUCCAAAUAGACGCCAGCCGGGCUGGAUCGCUCAAGGGUCCCCCGUCAAAGGUAUCAGCGGGUCUCCGCAGUAACCAUUGGUCAGUUCGCAGCGGGUCAAGAACCGUGUCCAUUCCAGGGGACCCCAACAACACAGUCCGUGCCUCUCAAGGACCGUACAUAAGCGCAACCAAGGGAGCACCUCUGUCCAAAGCGACCUCUGUACCUUGGCCACCAACCCACGCUCGUUCCAUCCCGACCUUAUACACUCUUUUCCACCCUCGCGUGAAAAUCCUGACUGCGCAAUGGCGGUCUUGAACCUGCAGCGCCUUCUGGCUGGCCUGCAGCUCAUCACAGUGGUAACAUCUGCGGCAGUCGAACUUGGCUAUCGCGCUGUCGCCACCGACUUAGAGCGCCUUGUCAAGUACUCCACCGUGGGCGUGUCUCUGCGCCAGCGAUGGAGUGAGUUCGACGCGCCCGUGCCGGUUGUUGUCGUCAACGCCACGUGCGAAAGCGACAUCAAAGCGGUGGUCAGGUACUGCAGCAAGAAUAAGGUCCCUUUCCUCCCUCAGAACGGCGGUAAUGGCUGGGCUUCGCUCAAGUUCAAGACCCCUGGCGUCAUCCUCAACCUCGCGGGCCUGAAUCAGGUCGUCGUCAGUGCAGACAAGCAGACUGCCCGCGUCGGCGGCGGUGCCAUCAUAUCCGACGUGGUCGCCGCUGCUGAUGCGGCUGGUGUGCUCGUCCAGACUGGCAAUUGCAACUGCGUCGGCGCACUCGGAGCCGGCCUCGGUGGCGGCUAUGGCAACCUCAUCGGCGAGCUGGGCAUGGCCGUCGAUAACAUGCUGUCCCUACGGGUGAUCACCGCUGCCGGGGAGGCGAUCAAUGUCAGCCCGUCUUCCAACCCGGAUCUUUGGUGGGCUAUGCGCGGCGCUGGCCCCAACUUCGGCAUCGUCACCCACGCCACCUACAAGGCCGUCCCCACCGCCAACCGCAACGCCUGGCUCAUGACUCUGACCUUUGACGGUUCCAGGGUCGCCGAGAUUGCGCAGGCCGUGGAAGACCUACCCCUCCUGCCCAAGCAGGUCGUCUUUUUCAUCCUCUCCAACUCGGCCAUCAUGGUCACUGGCUUCCUCCGCGGUGGGAGCGAGGAGGCUGGCCGCAAGGCGUUCGCACCUCUCUAUGCCCUUUCCCCGCUCACCCAGAGCUCCCAAGUCGCCCCGUACACCGGUUGGAACGCCCCCAACGACUUCUUCUGUGCCCGUGGCGACCGGAAGCCCGCCUUCACCACUGCCCUCCCCAACAUGAAGGCCUUGUCCUGGCCCGCCGUCUGGGACUUGUACGACAGCUUCCAGAAGCUGCCCGGUGCCCAAAACUCGGCUGUCCUUGUUGAGCGUUACAACCUUACCAAGGCUCAGUCCGUUGGUCGCGGUGCUACCGCCGUUCACGAUGAGCUGCGCUUCAACUCCUUCGGUCAGGCCGUUGUCAUUCCUUGGUACAAGGACGCAGCCCUGGAUGGCCAAGCUCUUGACUUUGCUUCCAGAGUGCGUGAUAUUUGGAGCGGUCCUGCCGGCGGCAAACGCAACCCUGCUUACGUCAACUUUGCCCAUGGUGACGAAGACCUGGCCGCCAUCUAUGGCUCCAGCCUACCCCGCCUCCAGGAGCUGAAGAAGCGUUUUGAUCCUAACAAUGUGUUUGGACAAUGGUUCAGCCUCGCAUGAGCUCGAAAUGUGGAAGAUCUUUUAGUCAUGGUUUCAUGGAAUGAAAUGGAGCAAGCGCAUGGUUGGCAGACUACCCUCAAAUCAUACCAUAGUGCGGCAGCUUGAGACGAGGACAUCAGUCUAAGGCCAGCAUAUCCUGAGUCUCACCCGAGAAAUUUGAAAGUGCUAUAACCAAAGAAAGGUCGGGGGCUCAAUUGGGCGCAGUUUCUGGACAUUGACUCAUGGCAGUGCAGUCUUGGGUUCAAGGAUUUCUGUUUCCUCCCACAUCCCAAGGUCUUUCUCGUCGGGGACUAAGGUCGAUUGCUGUUUUAUAAUCAACUGUGCGUCCGCUUUCGAACAGCCGGCUAUGGAGGCGGCCAACAGGACUGGCACAUGGAAGACACCGGCAGAAAUUAUCGAGAUAUUGCGUCGCAGGACGCCCGGAACAUCAAUCAAUCAUACCUGCUUUGGCCCCUAAACUCUCCAGAGUGUGAAUUAUGUAGCUCUGAAAACAAGCGAACUGGGCGCUCGUUG